CAUGUUCUUCCUUGUUUUGCAACAACAUACGCUAAAGCAGUUAAAUACAGAUGGAGAGAUUUGUCAUCAUUUGUCUUGUGCUCGCAUUGAUUUUUGUGCGGUUUUCUCUUCAAAAUGCUUUUAAUGUAACUGUAACACCGAACAUUGAAAAACUAUUUUAUUCCGAUUUUGAAGAAGAGCCCACAAAGAACAUAACAUGUGAAUCUAACUGCCCGAACUGCACACAUGAUUGGUAUUUUUAUGAAGACGGAAGAGAUGUGAAGAGAGUCGGAGGAAAAAUUUUACUCUUAAAUAACACUGUCGUCAGGAGGACCUAUAGUUAUUUCUUUUGUCGUGUUUUGGCAACAAAUAAGAACUAUACACAUAGCCCGAAGAUUUUUGUCAUUAUUGAAGAAAUCAGACCUACCACACUAACUCAAAGUAGUGUAUCGGUGACAAAGCCAAGUCUCAACACCCUGUACGCUAAUUCCACUUCUACCGUUAAGUCUGACGACAGUUUCUUAUUCAUUGUUACUGGUAUUUCUGGAGUAGCAUUUCUAAUCAUCACUGUAAUUGUGGUUGGAAUUCUUUGUUUGCGAGCAAACAAGAAGAGUACGUAUUUGAUAAAAAAUGAUACUACCCAAAAGAAAGAUCCUGCGUUAGAAUUGACGGAGAAUGUUCUCGAUAUUACUGCCGACGACGUACCUGAAAUGCCACCUUCGGCCCCUUCAGAUAACGAUACCACUGCAUCAGACGUUUACGCCGUCGUUAACAAGGAAAACAAAAAUGUGAAUCAAAUUCCUACCUACGCUGAAGUCCGUACCUCACAAAAAGGAAAGGACAACCAAAAAACGGAAAAGAAAUCUGAUGAGAAGGGAGAAAAUAAUCCUGGACAAAGCGCAAACAAAGAUGGAAUGGUUUACAUUGAAAUUGAUUUUAACGACAAGCCCUCCAAUGGAAAUGCCGUCUUGCAUGGAGCCGAAGACAAGAUAUUGUAUGUCGACAUAGACUCAGUCAAACAUGCUGAUCCACUUCCAAAGAAUGAAGGGGAAGGAAAUCAUGACUCCCAGCAAAAUGGGGAGAAAUAACAGGCAAAAUAAAAUGACAGUCGAAAAAUACAACCCUCUGGAAAUUUCAGUUUCCAUGACGCUUGUUAUGAACUGUAACAAUCAUUCCAAUAACCGCGUGGCAAUUUGCUUGAUCCACAUUAGUAAAAUUUCAUAUAUUGAAUACCUAAUUACCCAUUGAUGGGAUGUCUUACUUACAGUAAAAAUAAAGAGGUGAAAGUUAAUGCAAUAAGUUUAUUUGCUAUCGCCAUUUUACUGGAAAUUUUUUAAAACAUUUUUAAAUAUAAAACCGUCAAUCCUCCAUAAAAAAUCAAGAGAUCCAAAGGGGUUCUCAUAUCUCAUAUCUUGUUUUCUAAAACGUGAAAGACGUGUUUACUAAUAAUGUGGUCUCCUUGUUUCGUUUAUGAGUAGUUUUAAAGGAUUCAAAUACUGUACACAGGGAAAUAUUCGCCCCCGUUUUAUUUUAGCCCUAAUCUUGGUGGGGCGAAUUUAAAAAGGGGCGAAUUCAAAGAAUACAAUAUUAUUUCUUAAACAAACCUGUGACUGGGCGAAUUUAAAACGGGACAAAAUUGUUUGCAUGUGUGAAAGGGCGAAAAUAAAGCGGGGCGAAAAUAAUCCUGUAUACAGUAUAAGUAUUAAAAGGAACAAUUUAUACACUGUUCAUUUCUGUAAGUGUCUUGUUUAUUUGUUUCUUUUUUUUAUUCACACAACAUACAACAUUAAAUAAUUAUGUAUUAAUAUCCUUUUUUCAAGCAAACGAACAAAUUCUUUUUGAAAAUGUUGUGCAUAAAUACAUUCCUAUAAAAUGUGUUUUAUUGUCUCCUCUUCAGUACAUGUAUGUAGAACAUAGAGCCAUUUUUUAAAAUUUCAAAUAAGAAUGACUUUGUUGUUUAGAAUUUGUUUAUAAUCCUGUAGUAAGACCAUUGGCGUUAACAGUCUUUUGUUACCUGUCUGGUGUUACGUAAUUUUUUUCCCCAUUCCUGAGUACCAACUUCUUAAAACUCACUCCAGUGUGUUUUACCUGUUGAAACAGAAGAACUUUUAUACCAUAAUUUCAUAAUAGCAAUUUUUGCAUUUCAUUACUGUGUACAGUUAUUUGACCAGUUCCGAAUAAGAAACCGAUUCGGCGGUGCUCUAAAUAUACGAGGCAUUAUUUCAAAAUCUAAGUUUUUGUCAAGGUAGUUCAAUGACUUGUGGAAUUAAAUAUUGUUUCAUAAAAGU